CUUAACCUUCUGGAUCAUGCCCACCACUGCACAAUUUGCUAUUGACUCGACCGUUGCUUUUGAAGGGCAGGAUGGGAUUCUACGUCUCAGCAAUAAGCCUCCCAAUGUUACAGGGAUUAUUUGGUACAGGGGAAUAGAGAUGAAGGUCCUUAAUUUCAUUGGGUCUCUUGCAUGGGAUACCAGUGAAAUUCUAACAGGUCCCGAAUACAGUGGUCGAGAGGAAAUAAACCUUGAAGGAUCCCUGAUCAUAAGAAACGUCACUGUACGGGACGAAGGAAUUUACGUUGUAGAAGCCGUCCUUCCAAAUUCACCAAGAGUAAGAGGAUUUGGAUGGCUCAGUGUAUACCGGACACGGAGUGUGCCCAAACUCCUAGCCAGCAACACCACAGUCACAGAGAAUGAGGAUGCUGUGGUCAUGACUUGCCAGACAGAUGAGAGCCCCAUCUACUGGUUAUUCAAUGCUAGGAGUCUGGAGCUCACGGAGAGGAUGAAGCUAUCCCAGGACCACAGAACCCUCACCAUAGACCCUGUCAGGAGAGACGAUGCUGGGAACUACCAGUGUAAAGUCUCUAACCCCUUCAGCUCCUUUAGAAGUGCGCCUGUAGAGUUAGAUGUUGAGUACUAGUGAUCCUC